CUUCUUCAAUUUCAACACUAAAGAUAGAGAGAGAAAGCUAUGGAGAUUGAUCUAUCACUCAAAAUUGAUCAUCACAAACAAGAAUUGAACCAAGAACAUCAAGAACAUCAAGAACAAGACGAACAAGACGAACAUGACGAACACGAAGAUUAUCGAGUUCCAGAAAAAAAGGGAGUUGAUGACACUGAAAUUCAUGUUGCUGCCUCUACUUUGAAAGUAUUUUUGCCACAACACAACGUUAAUGUUGGAGAGAUUUCGGAGUUGCAAAUGGAGAUGGAUCGUAUGAAGGAAGAGAACAAGAUGUUGAGAAAAGAAGUGGAACAAACCAUGAAAGAUUACUAUGAUCUUGAGAUGAAAAUUGCUAUCAUUCAACAAAACAAUCUCCAAAAAAAGGACUCUCACAACUUUCUACCGAGCCACGAAAAUGAAAACAAGAGGGUCGAAGAACCAAACCGAGAGGUCGAGCUCGGAGAAACGGCAAAGAAGAGACGAGUUCGAUCGCCAUCGAAGGACAACGAAAUGAGAGAAAGCAAACUAGGGUUAUCAUUAGGGCUUAAUACAAACAAUGAUUUGGAAGAAGAUAAUGAUCAUAAGGAUCAAGAAGAAGAAACAAGAGAAAAGAGCAAAGAACAUGUAACAUCCAACAUGAAGGCAAUGCAACAAAGCAAGCCACAAAGGCCUGAGUUGCAAGGAAUGGCACCUCCACACAACAGAAAAGCUAGGGUUUCUGUGAGAGCAAGAUGUGAAGCUGCCACGAUGAACGAUGGUUGCCAAUGGCGGAAAUACGGUCAAAAAAUUGCGAAGGGGAAUCCAUGCCCUCGAGCCUACUAUCGUUGCACGGUUGCACCGGGAUGCCCCGUUAGAAAACAGGUGCAAAGAUGCUUAGAAGACAUGUCAAUACUGAUAACAACGUACGAAGGAACACACAACCAUCCGCUCCCUGUCGGAGCCACCGCCAUGGCCUCAACAGCUUCGGCAGCCGCUUCGUUUACGCUAUUAGACUCCACAAAUCUCCCUCUUCCAAACCCUCAAAACCCUAAUAAUAUUCUAAACUCCUCUUCCUAUUCUGCAAACCUUAACCACCCCUCCACCGGGCUCCUCCUCAACCUCACGGCAAACAAUUUCUACGCUCCGGUGGCCGCCUCCUCCACCUCCGCUGCCCAUAAUUCCUAUUAUCAAAGCAACUUUCAAGCUAAUCUUUUUAGUCGUCCCCUUGAUGGGCGGACUUGGAAAUCGGCGGCGGAGGAGAAUAAGCAGCCGCUGAUGGGGGAGAGUGUGUCGGCCAUUGCUUCUGACCCCAAGUUUCGAGUGGCGGUGGCGGAAGCCAUUUCGUCGCUCAUUAACAAAGACGGCAACCUCACCGCACCCAAUUCUGUCAAACGCUCUUCUUUUGGUACCGAGAAGGAUGGCGACGGCGGCGAUAGCGGCGGCGGGAACAACAAUUGGGUUGCCCAAUCGCUCUCCACCAAUGAGUCUGCUCGAGCAUACGUCACUUAGCCGUAAGCGACACAAGAACGAAUUGGUCAGAGCCUGCUCGAGCAUACGUCGCUUGACCGUAAGCGAUGCAAGAACGAAUUGACUUAUCUCACUUGUUGCUGGGAAGUGAAGUGAGUGUCGCAUAAUUGCAAGUCUGUUGCCAUAAAAAAUGCUAUUGUGACAUUGUCGCGGUCCUACAUUUUUUACCGUGCGGCGUCAUAAUCUUGACAUGCCCACUACAUUUUUCGCCCCAACUUUGUGACUUUAUCGGACUUCAGGCGAGGUUUGUCUUCGCCAAUUGAACAUUGCUUGCGAGGAAUUCAAACUUGUUCAACCACACACGUCGCUUGCGUAACACUUUGCAAAUAUUUUUUAUUUAGCAAAAUGUGUUAAUGGUGAAAAAUAAAUAAAUUCAUUGUUUGGAUGCAUGAAAUAUAGUCGA